UCCUCUAGAAGCUUACUGGGAACACUUAAGUACAUCUCAAGGUUGGACCACAUGGAAGAAGGAUGGUGCCAAUAUUGUAUCUCCACCAGUUACAGCGGUAGCGCAAGGAAACAUCAAGGCGUCUGCAGAAUCAUUACUGUUUAGAGAUCCGAAUACGUUUAGAGCAGGUGGUCUACAUCAGCAGGCUGACUCUUGGAAUAGAAUUUUAAAACAAGACGGACAAGGGGCGGAAGUGAGAAAGUGGAUUAAUCAUGGUGUUAAUAUGUUAGAUUUUAUUCAACCCUUUUCAGGUUGUUUUAAAGGAAAGAAAUAUGAUUCCGCUUUCCCACCCCCGGCCUUUUUCCCUAAUAGUCGUAGCUGCAUACCAUUUGCCAAGUUCGUCUCGGAUACUAUCAGAAGCAGGAUUGUAUCAGGAGCAUUUUCAAUUUGGGGCAGAGUAGGGCAUGUAAAACCGCCUUACAUAGUGUCACCGUUGACAGUAGAGCCUAAUAAACCAAGGCUGUGUUUAGACCUCAGAUAUCUAAACAAAUGGAUGAAGGAUUGCCCCUUCACGUUAGAUAGCAUAUUAAACGUUACCAGAUAUGUUGGAAGACAUCACUUUCAAACGGUAUGCGAUGAUAAAAGCGGCUAUGAUCAUUUGUUAAUACCCGAGUCUAGCAAACCUCUGGUAGGUUUUCAGUGGGGAAAUUGGCUAUACGUUGCGAACACGAUCGCAUUCGGCUGGCGCUGCAGCGCGUUUGUCUAUCAGAAAGUAGGAUUAGUAGCGAUGCACGAUAUCAGGUCUUUAGGAGUACCAGCAUCAUUGUAUAUUGAUGAUAGACAUGCAGGACAGCUACAAUGUAGGAAGGUGACACAAUGGUCUUUUUAUGAGUUAGCUCAGGCAGCUUGUUUUAUUUUAUGCAGUGUAGUGAUACAGCUGGGCUAUACAACAGGGCUGAGCAAAUCACAGUUGGAACCAGUGGUAAUGCCAAUAUUCUUAGGUAUGGGAAUAGACUCAGUGAUGUUGGCAUUUAGAUUGUUAACUCAUAAGAAGGAAAGCUUCGCACAGCUAAGAGAUUACAGUCUAAGUCGUGAAGAGGUACCAGUUAGUUUGUUGCAGAAAUUGACAGGCAAGAUAGCAUCUUUCAUGAUAGCAGUUCCUGCUGCAAGGAUGUUUUGCAGAGAGAUGUAUAAGGAAAUCGGGGAAGCGGGAAAGACAGGGAAGAUGGUCAGGAUAGAGGGGGAUGUUAGAAAGGAGAUAGAACACUGGAAAUUCCUAGACACUUGGGAGGGGCACAUGCCUUGGAAACCAGAGAAACAUGAAGUAAUACACUUAUCAACAGAUGCCUCCAGCUACAGAUGGGCAGGAGUGAUAGACUUAGAUAAGGGUACAAUACAGUGUGGAGAUUAUUGGGAUGAAGAGGACUCGAUUGAGCAUAUUUCCAUUAAGGAAACAGAAGCUUUGACACGUACACUCUUAUCAGUACAGGAUACAGUAAGAGAUAAGCGAAUUGACGCAAGGGUUGACAACCAAAACCUAAUACAAGCUUGGCAAAGACAAGAAGCAAAGAGUAAAGCAUUGAAUCAGGCUAUU